UUUUUUUUUUUUUUUUUCCCGCUUCCAACUUGAACAUAUCCAUUCGCCAUGCCGACCAUUAACAUUGAUAAGCAACGACUUUUCGAAGCGCUCGAGAGAGAAUAUACCUCUGAGGAAUUCAAUGAACUCUGUUUCCGUUUCGGUAUUGAACUUGAAGAGGACACUUCUGAACGCGAAAUGGCGGAACGUGGAAAUGCCAAGUCCACCGAAACUUUGCCCGAAAGACCUUUGCUUAAAAUCGAUAUUCCUGCCAACAGAUACGAUUUGCUUUGCGAGGAAGGUUUGAAGCGUGCCUUGCGCGUGUUUGAAGGCAAGGACCAGCCUCCCGUGUACAAGGUUGUGAAGCCUGCAGAUGGCAAGUUACAGCGCAUUGUGCUUACUCCAGAGACCGCGAAUAUCCGUCCCUACAUUGUCGGUGCCAUUCUUCGCAACAUUACCUUCACCCAAGAGCGUUACGACAGCUUCAUCGAUCUCCAAGACAAACUUCACAACAAUAUUUGCCGUAAGAGAACCCUUGCUUCCAUGGGUACUCACGAUCUCGACACCAUUCAAGGUCCUUUCACCUAUGAAGCUCUGCCUCCUCAGGAUAUCAAAUUCAUUCCUUUGAAUAAGACCGAGAUGAUGGAUGGCAACCAAUUGAUGGAGCAUUAUACGCCUGACAAGAACUUGGGUAAAUUUUUGCAUAUUAUUCGCGACUCGCCUGUCUAUCCUGUGGUCUUUGAUGCGAACCGCGUCGUUUGCUCUUUGCCUCCUAUUAUCAACUCUGAUCACUCCAAGAUCUCAUUGAACACCAAGAAUGUGAUGAUCGAAAUCACUGCCACCGAUGAGCAUAAGGCCAACAUUGCUUUGAAUACUUUAGUUGCCAUGUUCUCCGAAUACUGUGCUGAACCUUUCACUGUUGAACCCAUGGAGAUCGUCUAUCCUGACGGCACUUCUAGAAUUACGCCUCCUAUUCAACCCCGUGACGCCAGCGCCAAGGUGGAUUAUAUUAACGCAUGUACUGCUUUGGAAUUGUCGGGUGAUGAGGUGUGCGAUUUAUUGAAAAAGAUGACACUGGACGCCAAGGUCAAUCCCGAUGACAACAACGAAGUAUUGGUCAAGGUACCACCUACUCGCUGGGAUAUUUUGCACGCUUGUGAUAUCAUGGAGGAUGUCGCUAUCGCUUAUGGUUACGAUAAUUUGCCGCGUAAGAUGCCCGGUGUCAACACGGUUGCUUCGGCGUUGCCUGUCAGCAAACUGAGCGAUCAUGCUCGCCGGGAAAUUGCUUUGGCUGGAUUUACCGAAGUUGCACCCCUCAUUCUUUGUUCGCAUGACGAAAACUUCAAAUUCUUGAACCGUGUCGACGAUAACAAGACCGCGAUCAAGUUGGCCAACCCCAAGACGGUUGAGUACCAAGUGGUGCGUACGUCGCUUCUUCCUGGUGUGUUGAAAACAGUGAGCUGGAAUAAGAAGCUGGCUUUGCCCAUCAAGGUGUUCGAAGUUUCCGAUGUUGGUUUCAAGGAUGAAUCUCGUGAACGUAGAGCAAGAAACGAACGACAUGUUUGCGCCACCUAUACCUCCAAGACUUCAGGUUUCGAGGUGAUUCACGGUUUGCUCGAUCGUUUAAUGACCAUGUUCAGCACAUCCUUGGUACGCAAGGAUAGCAAUGAUCUUGGUUACUGGAUUCAAGAAUCAGACAAUGCUACAUAUUUCCCCGGUCGCUCUGCUAAUAUUCAUCUGAGAUACAUUGACCCCGAGACUAACGAACGUAAGCAAGCAAUGAUCGGAUCGUUUGGCGUUCUUCAUCCUACUGUGUUGGCCAAUUUUGAAUUACCGUAUCCCACUACAGCAUUGGAAUUCAACUUGGAACCUUUUGUGUAAUGUAAAAAAAUAUGCAUUUUUAUCACUCAUCCAUUUAGUAUCUCAAAUCUACUAGAAAAGAAAAGAAUCCUACGGAUAAUAUCCCAAAUAUAUGAUAUUAUUUCGGUAAAAAAUUGACAAGGAUAAAUGUAAUAAAAGCAGAAAAAAGUUACAUCCUUGCAGAGAAG